AAUGACAAUCGGCUCCCGCAGAGACCGAGGCUCCAAGACCAUGAGGCCCCAGUUGCUGUUCUGGCUGCUUGGAGGAGCCCUCGUGCUUUCUCCGACCAUGGCCCUGGUGUGUCUCAAGGGCUACCUGAUCCACGUAGCUGACAGAUCAAAGUUCCCCAUCACGUGGUCUGUCAAUCUGAAUGAGACCUGUCAGACAGGGGAGAGAUGUCAGGAGACUCUUAUCCUUCUGGAGUCAGGGAACCAAAUAGCUGUGAUUAUCAGCCACGGGUGCACCUCAGCCCAGGCCCACGAAGCUAAGGACAUCCAGCACCGAGCACCCCCUGGGGUGACCAUUGCGUCUUUGACCAAAGUCUGCCACUCAGACCUGUGCAACGAUCUGGAUAGCACCGUUCCCUUGUGGACAAUAGAACCAACGAACCCCCCAGCGCCGGGGGGCUUGCAAUGCCCAGCCUGCAUGUCUUUACACUCCUGCGGGCCCGAGGCUCCCCUGGUCACCUGCCCCGCGGGCGCUGCUCACUGCUACAGCGGAAGCAUCCGUCUUUUGGGAGGGCAGCUGUCACACUCUCUGCAGGUUCAGGGCUGUGUCCCCCACGAUGACUGCCAACUGCUCAACGGCACCCGGACGAUCGGCCCCAUUGCCCUGAGGGAGCGCUGCCAAGCCUCUGGGGCCUUGACUUGUUAUCAGGGACUGUUUCUAUACUUUGGACAAAACCUAAGGGAACAACCACAAAAUCUGGUGGCCGAAUCCGAAGUCAUAUGUGAGGUCGGGGAAGUGUGUCAAGAGACCGUGCUGUUCAUAGAGUCAGGACCCAACGGCAUCAUCCUGGGCAGUAAGGGGUGUAUAAGCCCUGAGAGUGUUUCAUCCAGCCCUAACAAGAUCGGCCCCCCCGGGAUUAUCAUCGCCUCCCACACCCGGCUCUGCGACUCCAACUUGUGCAAUAAUAUCAGCAGCACGGCUUCCGUCGUGAAGCCGGAUCCUCCAGCUGACUCUGCCCCCGGUCAUCUCCUGUGUGAAACAUGUGUGACCCUGGGAUCCUAUUGUUUCACUGGCCCUCCAUUUACUUGUCCAAAAGGCACCUCCCGGUGUUACGAGGGAACGUUGCUGCUCAGUGGAGGAGGGUUCUCAAGUGACUUGACCAUCCGCGGCUGUGCACCCCCAAACCCCAGAGACUGCAAAUUACUUGGGGAAAUCCAGGCUUUUGGACCCAUGAAUGUGUCUGAGGACUGCCGAAAGCCAUCGUGGGACCAAUUCUACUUUAACAGGGUUUCUGCCACCGCAGCACCAGCCUGGGCAGUGGGAGCUGGAUUUCUCUUGGUUUUAUGGAGAGAUCUCCCCCAAUUCUGAGGGUCUUUGGCUUCUGGGACCCAUUGACACAUUUUAAUAUGCAAUGACCUUAAACACCAGUGGCUCCUGACUCCCUGUGACUUCCCCAUCCCCAAGCUCCUUGAUGCUGGAAGGGGGAUGACAGGAAACAUGAGGAAAUAUUCACUGAAACCUGAAAAUACAAUAGGCUCUAUCCAGCUGGGCCCUCGGUCUGUUUAUAGCAUGAAGGAGGACAAAUCAAAAACCACUCUCUCUCCCUCAUUGUCUCCCCGCCCCCCGCCCCGUCACGGCUUCUCAGUCCAUGAUAGACCCUCAACCUCUGCAUCCUUUCUCUUCUUAGAAUGGCCCCAACUUAGCAGAUACUCCCACCUCCCUGCUGUGACUAUGGAUUUUCCGUGCUGAUUGUGUCAAUAAAUCAUGUGGAUAUUA